AUAAUACGAGAUCGAAACGAAGAUGGCUGCCUGCAUAAGCGGGAUGAGGACCAAAGCAAAUUAGCAAUUUCCAUCACUUCUCCGGACGCAUUGGCAGUUUUAAUUCGUAUCACAUGUGGACAUUUUAUAUCAUUUUUAAAUAUGAUUCGAGAAUGUUUCCAAAUUGCAUCAUGUAUGUAGGUCUGUCACUAAUUUUAUGACAAAGCAGGCUGUCUGAUUUCAAGGCCUGACGCCAUUUUCAUACAUCUGUAAUAUAUUGUUUGGUACAAUAGACCGGCUUCGAGAUGGUGAAAGAUGACUAUAAACCCGGUGACAAGAUAUUUGCCAAGAUGAAAGGCUUCCCCCAUUGGCCUGCUCGGAUCGAUGACCUUCCUGAAGGAGCUGUCAAACCACCCAAGGGGAAAUUUCCAAUUUUCUUUUAUGGAACACAUGAAACUGCUUUCCUUGCACCGAAGGAUGUGUUUCCAUAUGAAGAAAACAAAGAAAAGUAUGCAGUAUUAAAGAAAAUCAAAGGAUUCAAUGAGGGUCUGUGGGAGAUCACAAAUAAUCCCAACGUCAAGUUUCAGGGAGCUCAAAGUUCAGACUCUGCUGAGGAGGAAGCUGAAGUUGAUCAGGUGGAAGAAGAGAAGGAGGAAGAAGAGGAAAAAGAAGUUAAACCCAAAGGGAAAAAGAAAACACCUGCCAAAGCUAAGGGACCACAAAAGAGGAAGAAAGCUACCACUGGGGGAAAACCAGCCAAGAGAGCGAGGAAAGAGUCAGCUGAAGAGGAAGAUGAAGUAGCGGAGGAAGAGCCCGAGGAGGAUGAGGAUUUUGAUGAAAUAGCAUCUCCACCCUCUGAUAACUCAGAUGAUGAGGAUUUUGAUUUUGAAGAGAAGAAACCCAAGGGUCGUGGUCGGCCAAAAGGGUCAACAAAAUCCAAGGGAGGCAAAUCAAAGAAAGUUGAAGAUAUGUCAGACAAUGACAGUGAAAAUGAGGAGGAUGAAAAAGAUGAAAAAGACGAGGAGGAUGAAGAUGCAGUAGAAGAAGAAGAAGAAGAAGAAGAAAAACCAAAGAAAUCCAAGAAACCGGCUCAGCCUCGACGCCAGAGCAGAGGAGGGGGGUCUGCAAGCAAGAGAGGAGGGCGUGCAUCCACAGGAGCAGGAAGGAAGAAGGUAGAGAAAGUCGAGAAAAUGGUAUCUAGUGACAGCUCUGACAGUGACAGUGAUGGAUCAGAUGAUGGUGUAAGUAGUUGGAAGAAAAAAGAUGUGGAAAGGAAAAAGGCAAUGGAACAGAAAAUAAAGGAAGCUGAGGAAAAGCGUUUAAAGGAGGAGGCAGAAAGAAUACAGAAAAUACAUGAGGAGGUUGAGAAAGAGAGAGAAGAACGGGAGGAGGAAAAAGCUGUGGAAGAUGAGGUGAAAACAAAGAAGGCAUCGCCAAAACGACCAGCCAAACCUGCAGCUAAACGUAGGAGUAAGAAAGAGGAGGACACAGAGGAUAAUAAAAAAGACAAGAAGAAAGGGAAGACAAAAAAGAAAAAGAAAAUUGAGGAUUCUGAUCACGAAAGUGACAAUGAAGAGGAAGAUGUGAAAAAAGAGGUGUCUGAGGAUGAAGAGGAAAAAGAUGUGGUUGUGGAGGAUAAAAAUAAUUCUGAGGGGGAGGAAGAGAAGAUGGAAGAGGAAGAAGAAAAGGAGGAAAAAGUCGAAGUGAAGGAAGAAGUUGAUGGUGAUGAAAAAAUAGUUGUAGAUCAGAGUGACAAGGAAAAGGAAAGUGAUGAGAAAACAAAAACUGAAAGUGACAGUGAGGAAAAAAUAAAAACUGAAAAAGGUUCAAAAGGGUCCAAGUCAGAUUCUAAAUCUAAGGAAAAAGCACAAUCCAAGGAAAAAACAAAGGAGCAGGAAGAUAGAAGACGGGAAGAGGAGAGGGAGGAGAAAGCUAGGGCUGAAAGAGAGGCAGAGAGAAGACGACGGAUUGAGAAAGAAAAGGAACGGGUUAGGAAAUUUAAAGAAAAGGAAGAAGAGAAGGAGCGGAAAAAACGUGAAAAAUAUGAACAGAAGAAAAAAGAUAAAAUCAAUUUUAUUCAAACGGAGACCAAACUAGUAGCUAUGGACAAAGAAAUCAAGAAGUGUGUCCAGAAAGAUUCUGUGGAUGUGGAUAAAUGUCUCGCCAUUAUGGAUGAUCUCAACAACUUACCUGUCAACCAAGUGCUACUGAAGAAAAAUCCAGACAUCAUGAAAACCAUCAAAAUGAUUAGAAAAUUUAAAGGUAGUGACAGAAUUCGGAAAAAGGCAGAGCUUAUUUAUCACAAAUUCAAGGGUUUCUUCCUGGCUGGAGAUGUAGAAAUGGGCACGCCGACAACGCCAAAGGACUCUGGACACCGACGGCAUCAUCACAAACAGGUGGAAGUAAUGAAGGAACGUGAAAACAAAGAAAAUGAAAUCUCGCAACCUAUAGAUAACACAGACUCUCUGCCAGCCCUGCCUGCGAUGGUGCCUGAAGUCGAGGGUGACAAAGUGACUGUGGACGGAAGUGGGGACUCUGAACCGGUCAAUAGUACAGAGGAUCUAAACAAUAGGCUAAGCGAUAACGGACUAGGGGAGACAACUCAAAGUGAAUCUGUAGCCCAAUCUAAUGACAUGCAAAAUAACAGUCCUAUACAGACAAACAAUACAGUGGAAGAGCCAUCAUUAGAUGGUGGAGGGGGGCAAACAGAUCAGCCUGCAAUACAGGGUGAUGCUGUAGGAGGGAAUGAAACAGAAGAGCAGAACCCACAAGGUUUAGGCUUUACUGUUGGACUAGGGGAAACUAAUCAGUCAGCUUUUUCAUUUGGCUGGGGUGGUUCGGAUCAGCAAAUUCCAGGUUUAGGUGGACCGAUUGUUGUAAGUAGAGCGAAUUCACAAACAUUACCAGGAUUAUCUGGUAGUGGGAGGAUAACAGAACAGCCGUCAUUGCCAGGUAUUUCCGUAAAUAACAAUAGUGCUCCUGGUGUUAAUCUCAGUGCGGACUUAGAAAAAAUCAGUAGUGUACUCGACAAGAUGGACGAAAUGGACGAUGAGGAGGACAAUCAAUUACAAGUUGAGGAGGCGAAUAAGACAGAGGAGAAACUAGUUCUGUCGGGGGUGGAGAGUAUUUCUGGGGACAGCGGGGAUGAUAUGGAUAUAGAUUCACCAGAGGAUGGCGGAACAGACAAAGGAGAGAAAUCCGAGGGUGGUAGUCAGUCUGACGAUCUCUCUCAUUCCAUGCAACAAGCAGCACAGGAGGCUGCAAAGUACUCGGCUCAGGCGGAGUUCCCGGAUGACACAGAAGAUAUGAUGGAGGAUCAGGAGAGGAUAGAUCUGGACGCAAGGAUUGCAGCAAUUAUAAAGGGAACAGAAACAUUCUCAGCACAGUCUGUGUACGAUCCUGCACAGGCUCCGUUUGAGUCUGGGUAUCCGCCUCCAGCAAAGACGGACAAAGUGAAAGAAGUGGAGGAAAAACCAACGGUGACCAAGGAAACAGAGGAAGAAUCUUCAGAGGAUAAAGAAUCGGAUUCUGAAUCGGAUCCGGCUAUGGACGACGAUGAACUCCAUAGUUUGUUAGGUGUUUAGUGAAGUGACACGUUCUAGUAAUGUCUCGGUACUGGCAAUUUUAUUUGUGAGAUGUUGAUGCGAUUCUUCUGAGAAAAAAAUAUUUUAAAUGACAACACUGUGUCCUUACAAAACAAUCGUGUAUCUGGACGGAAUUUCGUUGCAUUGUUUGCCAUGAAAAAUUGUGUUCCGGGAGUAUUUAUGCUUCUUACUUCAACAUUAUGUAUUGUAGUUCUCAGAGAGAGAAAAAAUAGUGAACGGUGUGUUUUCUAGAGAAUCCGCAAACUGGAUACAAGUUUACAAUACUGGAUGAUAAUUUGGUUUUGUGAUAAUGGAAACAAAUCGGAUCAUGGCAUUAUAUGACAGACUUGUGGGACAGAUAUCUGAACCAGUUGCUGUUAACUGUUUAACAAUUCCGUAAAACAUAGUUUUAAGGAAAGUACAUUUUAAAUCUAGGAUCUUCAUCAAAUCAUUCAUCAAAUUGAAGGAAGUGGUCAAACAUGUGAAUGUUAUCAUGUUUUUGAAAUUGUGUAUUUAUACUGUAUUAAAUAAGAAUGAACUUCU